AUACCAUAAAUAAGCUCUUAUUACAGCUUUUUCACUAGAAAAAAGCUAGAGCUUAUUAAAAAGUGGUGUUUGGAUAAUUUAUUUUAACUUAUUAAAAAGCUUCUUAAAGAUCUUUUUGAAAAGCUGGGUCCUGAAGCUUAUUUUUUCUGCUUUUUCGGGAAGCUGUUACCUAAAACUUUAUUGACAAAAUUACCCUUAGCAAAAUAUCAGAAUGACAAGCCUUGUCCUACAUUUCAAUUCUCUCCAUCUGAAACACUAAACCCUAGCACACAAAUGGUUCCCCACUGAAUCUCGUCGCCGCCGCCAUCACGGCCUCCGCCGCCGUCACGAUCGACGUUCUUUGGAUUCAACUCAUCGACAUUCUCAUUCGAAUUGAAUCAGUUCAUCAAAACCCAAUCGUGCAAUUCCUUUUCUCUCUAUUUCUCCUACCAAGCUUGAAACAAAGAGAAUUUUGCUUAACAUUUUUAAGGAAAAGCAGAAGAAAAGUGCUGAAGCUUCUACAAUACCAAGUUUCUACAAGAAGCUUGUUGAAAUGUCUCAAGUUCAUGUGAAACGAAAGAGAGCAGAUUGGAGUGAUAAGAAUCUUGGAAUUUUUUUGAAAGUGUGCGUUGAAGAGGUACGUGCUGGGAAUAGACCUCACACUCACUUUACAAGAACUGGAUGGGCAAAUAUACAAGCCAAGUUCAACAAUGCCACAAAGUUAGCAUAUGAUUAUAAAAAAUUUAAAAAUAAGUGGGAUCAUUUGAAAGUAGAUUGGGCAUUAUGGACAAAGCUUAAUGCAAUAGAAUCAGGUCUUGGUUGGGAUGCAACUAAGAGAACAGUAGCUGCUAGUGAUGAAUGGUGGGAGGCCAAAAUCAAGGAGAGUCCUGAGGUUGGAAAGUUUAGAGAUGAAGGUCUGAAAUUUUUUCCUGAGAUGGAAAUUUUAUUCAAGGGUGUAGUUGCUACUGGUCUUGCAGCAUAUGCUCCAUCUGAAGAUUCAAGAGACUCUCACGGUCAAAGCAUUGGAGUGGAAGAGUCAUUUGAUGCUGAUAUUGAUGAGGCCGAAACAGAAGAGCAUGGGAUUGAGGUAGAAAUGACAGCGCAACCAUCAUCUUCAGUAUAAAUAUUUAUUUAUAAAAUAACUUAAAUAAUUGUACUAAUAAAUAGUUUAAUGAUAAAUUUUUUAGUAUUUAAAUAUUUGAAUCUAUUAAUAUUAAAAUCAUGACCUUUUUCG